GGGCCGACUCGUCGUGCCCCAGAGUUCUCCGCGUACAGGUGGCCGCCUGGAUUCCGGGAAGGCGGCGGCGCCGGCCUUCCUGCGGAGGGGCCGGUGGGCCUUCGGGCCGGGCGGUUGAUGGCAGUUGCCAUCGCGGCGGCUGUACUGGCCGCCCUGGGCGGGGCGCUGUGGCUGGCGGCCCGGCGGUUCGUAGGGUCCGGGGUCCAGAGGCUGCGCAGAGGCGGGGAUCCCGGCCUCAUGCACGGGAAGACAGUGCUAAUCACUGGGGCGAACAGCGGCCUGGGCCGUGCUACGGCCGCCGAGCUGCUACGGCUGGGAGCGCGGGUGAUCAUGGGCUGCCGGGACCGCGCGCGCGCUGAGGAGGCGGCGGGUCAGCUCCGCCGCGAGCUCAGCCAGGCCUCGGAGUACGGCCCGGAGCCCGGCGUCGGCGGGGCGGGCGAGCUCGUAGUGCGGGAGCUGGACCUCGCCUCGCUGCGCUCGGUGCGCGCCUUCUGCCAGGAGAUGCUCCAGGAAGAGCCUAGGCUGGAUGUCUUGAUCAAUAAUGCAGGGAUCUUCCAGUGCCCUUACAUGAAGACUGAAGAUGGGUUUGAGAUGCAGUUCGGAGUGAACCAUCUGGGGCACUUUCUACUCACCAAUCUUCUCCUUGGACUCCUCAAAAGUUCAGCUCCCAGCAGGAUUGUGGUAGUUUCUUCCAAACUUUAUAAAUAUGGAGAUAUCAACUUUGAUGACUUAAACAGUGAACAAAGCUAUAAUAAAAGCUUUUGUUAUAGCCGGAGCAAACUGGCUAACAUUCUUUUUACCAGGGAACUAGCCCGUCGCUUAGAAGGCACAAAUGUCACCGUCAAUGUGUUGCAUCCUGGUAUUGUACGGACGAAUCUGGGGAGGCACAUACAUAUUCCACUGUUGGUCAAACCACUCUUCAAUUUGGUAUCAUGGGCUUUUUUCAAAACUCCAGUAGAAGGUGCCCAGACUUCCAUUUAUUUGGCCUCUUCACCUGAGGUAGAAGGAGUGUCGGGAAGAUACUUUGGUGAUUGUAAAGAGGAAGAACUAUUGCCCAAAGCUAUGGAUGAAUCUGUUGCAAGAAAACUCUGGGAUAUCAGUGAAGUGAUGGUUGGCAUACUAAAAUAAGAAAAAGCAGUAAAAGAGCUAUUUAUAAAACUGCAUAUCAGUUAUAUCUGUGAUCAGAAAUGGUGUGGCUUGAGUACUUGUUACUUGAA